CUGAUUCAUUUGUCUCGGAAUCAAGAUAAAGCUGUCUUUUUAAUUGUCUGGAAGAAGCCCCGCGAACUGAUUGUCUUUUAUCUGGCGUCGUAAAUAUUUCUCUGGGUCUCAGCUGCCCAGAGCAAAAGAGAAAGAGAAAAGAAAAGAAUGUUAGAAAAAAAAGCGAAAGGUAAAAUAUUUUUGAUUCGUUAAAAAGGUCGUUUUCCUUUUCAUUUCAGAUUUUUCCAAUUCCUUUGGUUUAGUUUAUUCAUAUGUUUGUUUCUAAGAAUACAUGGUAUAUUUAAAAGAUACGUGUAAUUAAAGGAAGUAAAUGGUGUUAUAUUUUGGUGUUCAAAAUCACAGUAUUCGUAAGAAAUGACGUUCUCAUUUUAUUCCGUUCAAUAUUUUACAGGUGCUUUUUCAGUCUUGUCUUAAAAAAAAAAAAAAAAGAUAUUGAAAAUGAUUUAACUUUUUUUGCCUGGAGGCGUUGAGAAAAUAACGCUGGACAUUUUAAAACUCAUUUCCAAUUUCCCGUGAAGCAGGAAAUUUUAUAUAAGUUUUUCUUUCCUUAGUAGAUUGCAGUGACCCGAAAACCGCUGUAGGCCAGAGAGACAGAAAAAAAACAAAACAAGAAUAAGAGGAAAAGUGAAGUAGAAAAGAAAACGAAACAAAACUAAAAGUAUGUCAAAAUCAAAAUGUGUACGAGAAACCUUACUUUGAGAACGACAAAUAUUAGCCUAAUUUAAAAGGAAAAAAAAUCUUUAAAAAAAAAAAAAAUCUAUAUUUUUACCUUCCCCUAAUCGAAAUGGAGAAAGCGAAAGCAUAGCUAAACAUUACUAGUAGAGAUAUAAAAAAAAUAUAUAUAUCGAGAAAGGCUGUGUGAAGUGUAUAUAGUGUUUUAGGCCUAGUCUGUGGUAGAGAAAAACCUUCAAAAUGGCAAUGUUAUGCGAGCGACCUCCCGCUCUGCUCACGCCCCCCAAUGUUAUUAUUACGAGGAACAGACCGAGAAAAGGAGAUCCUCAAAACUCCAACAACAACAAUAACAACAACAACCACUGUAUGAAGGUCAGACUAGUGGAGAUGCACGCUGGCCUCGUCAGUGUGAGCGAUGGGAAGUCGAAGCCACAGCCAAUGAAGCUAAUUCUGACGACGGAUUCGUUAGUCCUUCAGAAAGAACAGCUCGUCAUCAGCACCAAAAACUUGGAUCAAAAUGGCCCUGACUCUAGGGUCGAGGUUCGAUAUUCCAAUCAAACCUUUGCCAAUAUUCUGUUUUGA